AUGCUUGCCUCCAUUUUUGACGAUUUGGAGCAACUAUGGAAAGAUGUUGCUGUUGAGAAAUGCAAACUCCAGGAAUUUGAAAAUUUGACGAUAUCUGGAAUUCAGCAGCAGUCAAACCAUUGGAAAGAUGGCUCAUCCAGGCAGAAAGAAACACCGGAAGUGAACGCCCUACCGAUUGCUUCCAGUUGUUGUCAGGCUAAUCACUUCAGUCGGCGGAAACCUGCGAAACCCGUCCGAAGUGCAGCCCGGAAUGACCCUAGCUUCCGUGGGGUCACGGUUGUAAUGAAAACGAAAGUCCGUGAUGGCGACAGCAAGCUGGUCAUUCUGUCCUCGUUUACCCCGAGGAAAAUUUCCAAACCCAUCCAGUCCAGGAUACAUCGGAAUAGUACGGGAACUGCCGAGAGUUGUUCGGAUUCCGAAGAUACAACCCCGCCCAGUGUUAAGCAACCUCUGAUUUACAUUUCCAGUAAGAUCCCUUGGCGCUACUCUUGUGCGUCCUGUGAUACAAGAAAAACGCCAUUAUGGAGAGAUGCGGAGGAUGGGACGCGGCUGUGUAAUGCCUGCGGAAUCAGAUACAAGAAGUACCGUGUGAGAUGCAGUCGCUGCUGGCACAUCCCCAAAAAAGACGGCAAGUCCUACCCACAUUGCCCCCGGUGUGGAGCCCUGCUGAGCAUGUCAUCUUGUAGAAGGUCUUGGUAG